AUGCGACAAACUCUUCGCCGAUCGUGUGGUGCCUGUGCAAGGUCUAAACUAAGCUGCGACCUUCGCACACCCCACUGCUCCAGGUGUAUCAAGCGCAAGGUGUUGUGUGUAUAUGCAAAUCAACCUUGGGCGGUCCAGCCGGCGUCUUCCGGGAACGAGGAUGGCAAAUCAAUAGAAUCCCUUGAGCCGCACGGCGCACUGUCAACCUACCGAUUUGGUUCUAUCGAUCCUUUCGAUUCGUAUCCUCAAACGAGGCUUCCUCGAGAACAAGUUCAACGUCUCAUCCACAGCUUUCUCCAUAAGAUCGCCUUCCAAUACUAUCCCCUCGAUCUCAAUGCAACCUCAAAUCCAUUUCUCAUUUCUUGGUGGCCCCUCGCGCUGGGAGAUCCAGCUCUGUUCCAUGUCUCACUGCAGACAGCAUGUCUUGACGAGGAGCUGAUGGCCCAAAAGGGGUUUCAAGCCUCUGAGAUCUUGAUGGUCGACUCGGUGUCUUUGCUUCGACGGAAAAUUCAAGAUGUGUCCCUAGCUGUACAAGACGGCACGAUGAACUCUGUCAUUACCCUAGCGACGAUUGAGUUCGGCAAGGGAAAUAUCGAGGCCAGCAAAACACAUGUUGAAGGCGUGAAAAGACUAGUGACCUUGCGAGGUGGCAUCGGAUCUGUGAGGCAGACGAGCCCACUGACUGCAAGAAUGGUUAGCUGGGCAUCAAUGCUCAUCCUGGGGCAUCCUCAAUUUCCAGUCCAAGAUGACGGCGGUGUUGGAGAUGGUAUACCGCCCAUCUCAGAAUGGCUGUCAUGCUCGACUACUUUAGAAAACGACACAAUACCCGAGCUUAGCUGGGUGAUUGACGACGAGGUAGUCAGAACUGCACUCGCCCGACUGCGCUAUAUCUUCAACCGGGCGGAAGGUGAACCAUUCUCCGGAACAAAACUCCACGAUCUCACAUUAUUUGUCACACAUCGACUCCUGCUCUCUGUUCCAGACACACAGGAUUCAACCUCAUCGCCAGUCACCCAAUGCAUUCGAUACGCCCUCAUAAUUUACAUGUUCAUAAUCCAGGGACCGACAUACUACUCUCAUGACGUCAUAUUAAGUUCGAUCGUCACACAAUUCAUUUGGCAUCUGGAACGUCUUGAAUCUACACCUCAUGUAUACGAUGCAUUGGAUAUCUGGCUAUUGACAAUCGGGAUUGUGGCCUCCGCGGGUACUGCGAACUACCAUUCCUAUACAGCGAAGAUCCGAGGCGUGUGUGCCUAUCUUAACCUCACAGACUUCCCCGAUGUCCUCACAUAUCUUAAAAGCAUAUGCUGGCUGGGUGGCUCGCAGGGGGAAGAUAUCCUUCGACCGCAUUGGAACGCCAUUUUAGUUGACAAUAGCUCGCUGGGACCAGCCGAACUGGCACUGGAUCUAUCGCUCAACAGCUUUGGCUUGCAAUCUACACAAGAAAAGCCGCAGAGCAACUUCGCCGUCCUCGACGACGGUGGCCUAUUUGCUGGACGUACGAAUCAAGCAGAGUGUCCUUAA